GCCCUUCCUUCUCUUUCCCAGCGCGGGCACCACUCAGACCCAGCUGCCCCCAGCCCCUGCCCGAGCUCCCCCUGAUGCCAACAGCUCUCAGCUCUGCCCGCUGCCGCCUUGGUUCUGCCCCAGCCCGGGUAGCCAGGAGCCGCCAGCAUGGGGCCCGCUGAGGAGCUGGUCCGGAUCGCCAAGAAACUGGAUAAGCUUGUGGCCCGGAGGAGCACGGAAGGGGCCUUGGAUCUGCUCAAGUCCCUCACUGGCUACACUAUGACCGUCCAGCUGCUCCAGGCCACGCGCAUCGGAGUGGCUGUCAACUCCAUGCGGAAGCACUGCGAGGAUGAGGAGGUCGUGGCCUCGGCCAAGAUCCUCAUCAGGAACUGGAAGCGGCUGCUGGAGCCCUCUGGCACCCCAAAAAAGGAAAAGGAUGUGGAUGGGAAGAAGAGGGCCACAGAUGGGGAGAAGGAGAAGGUGCUGGAUCUUGCCAGCUGCCCCAGUGAAGGGGAGAAGCACCUCAGGAGCCCAGCUGAGAAGCACAAGGAGAAGCACAAGGAGAGGGAGCCCAACGAUGGCUCCGCUGCGCCCUCGACGUCACCUCUGGAUGGCAAGAAAGAGAGGAGAAACUCUGCUGACUCGAGGUCCUCCAGAACCUCAGCUGCCUCCUCCCCACAGAAGAGACCAUCAGGGGACAGGAGAGCCUCUGUAGGCACCAGUCCCUCUCCAGCUUCCUCCAGCUACCAGAGGAACUCCGGUGACCACAAGGAGAACAGAGCCAAUGGCAGCAAGGCCAAGCCAGAGGCACCACAGACCCCCACCAGCCCUACCUUCUCUCCUGGCCCCUGCCUCCUGGCCCCCUGCUACCUGACAGGGGACUCGGUGAGGGACAAAUGCAUCGAGAUGCUGGCAGCUGCCCUGCGUGUGGAUGAAGACUACAAGGAGUGUGGUGUCAACUGUGAGAAGAUGGCAUCAGAGAUUGAAGACCAUAUCUUCCAGGAGCUGAAGAGCACAGACAUGAAGUAUCGCAACCGGGUGCGGAGCAGGCUCAGCAACCUGAAGGACCCCAAGAACCCGAGCCUGCGGAGGAAGGUGCUGCGCGGGGCCAUCCCGCCCAGCCUCAUCGCCCGCAUGAGCGCCGAGGAGAUGGCCAGCGAGGAGCUGAAGAGGCUGCGCAGUGCCAUGACCCAGGAGGCCAUCCGGGAGCACCAGAUGGCCAAGACGGGCGGCACCGUCACCGACCUCUUCCAGUGUGGCAAGUGCAAGAAGAAGAACUGCACCUACAACCAGGUGCAGACGCGCAGUGCCGACGAGCCCAUGACCACCUUCGUGCUGUGCAACGAGUGCGGCAACCGCUGGAAGUUCUGCUGAUGGUGCCCGGCAGUGGGGCUGGAGGGAACGUGGGGCAGGAGAGGAAGCUGUGAUGGCCACGGCAGGGUGGGGAGGGAGGGUACUGGGGCAGUGCUAGUAGAUCCUGGCCCCUGCGGGCCAGGUCCCUGUCUCCUUGCACUGAGCUCCCUUGAAUACCCCAGAGAGCUGUGCUCUGACAGGUGGUUUGCUGAAUUCAAGUGGCUCCUGCCUGUAAAGACCUGCCCUUGGCUUGGGGUGUACCACUGGGAAUAGACCUCAGCAGCCUGCCCUUCCCUGGGGCAAACCUGGACGUGGAUGGUUGGAGGGCAGGAGGGACUUUGCCCCAUGGACCUGGGGCUGUGGCACUCAGCCUGAGGCUGAGGGUGGGGCCAGGUUUUAAACAUCUUCCUCACCUAAAUGCACACCGUGGGGGGACACAGGGGAAUGGGGUACUGGUGGGGUGCCACCAUGUCCUUCUGCUCUGUGACACAUGGCCCAUCCACCCUGCGUCCCGG